CUAUAAUGCCAUACGGCAAUUGGAUAAUUAAAGAUCUUUUCUCUUCAACAAUUCCGAGCUAAAACCCUUUUCCCCCAACUUCACAACCCUUUUAGCUCAACACAUAACACAUCCAGAUCUCAAUUUUCCAUACAAUUUGUUAUACAAAUUCAUAAAAUAAUGUCAAAUCUGGAUGUAUCCCUUGACGAUUUAAUCAAAAGGAACAAAAGUAGUUCCAGCAGUAGUCGAAACCCUAGACCAAGAACAUCCGGAUCUGGACCCGGAUCCGGAUCCGGAUCCGGGUCAGGACCCGGUCCACGCCGUCGCUUCCCUAACCGUGCCGCCAACCGACCCGCACCAUAUUCAUCCGGACCGGUUCAAGCACCAGAGUCUGCGUGGGACCACGACAUGUUUGCCGAGCAUGCCCCGUCGUAUCCAGCUGUCCGUGGGGCCGGGAUAUCGGGGAUUGAGACCGGUAUCAAGCUCCUCAUUUCCAACUUGGAUUAUGGGGUUUCAAAUGAAGACAUCAAGGAGCUUUUCUCAGAAGCUGGUGAUAUAAAGCGUUACUCAAUUCAUUAUGACAAGAGUGGAAGAUCAAAGGGAACUGCGGAAGUAAUCUUUUCACGUCGAAGGGAUGCUGAGGCAGCUAUCAAGAGAUACAACAAUGUUCAGCUAGACGGGAAGCCCAUGAAAAUUGAGUUUGCUGGAACAAAUAUUGCUCCUCCAGCUCUACCUCCAAUUAGAAAUCGUUUAUAUGGAAAUCCAAAUCCUGCUCCAAGAAGUCAACAAAGAGGUGGUGGAUUUAGACGUCCUCGGGGUGGUAGAGGAGGGGGCAUGAGAAAAGAUGGUGGAAGAGGCAGAGGUCGUGGUGAGAACGUUUCCGCAGAAGAUCUUGAUGCUGAAUUGGAGAAGUACCAUGCAGAAGCAGAAGCAAUGCAGACGAACUGAUACUCUGACAUGCUUGUGGGAUACUUGUGUUGUAACAUGUGCAACCAUCCACAGGAUCGAAGGUUAUUCUUUUCUUGAAUUGGUACAAACUAUUCUUGAAGAGAAGUGAUGAUACAGAUUCUGGGGAAAACACUGAAAGGGGCAGAGCCUACGUACUGCUGGAAAAUCAUAAAACUUCUAUGUUAAGAGUGUGCUUGGUGUUAUUGCCACAUUUUCUUCAGCUUUAAGCAGUUGAUGAUGUGAAACAGCUGCCUUGUGCACUCUCUGUAUUUUCUUGCUAUUGCUUUGCCUUCUGUUGUUUUUAUGUAAAACAAAUUGUGGAGAAAUUCCUUACUUUCAGAAACA